AUUCGUUCUUUUUUAUACAUCAUUUUCCCCUCCAUGUCCCCUCGGUGGCUCCAUAAAUAAUACUAUUUUCCCUUCAGUUUUUGAGCGGAAGUAGAAUACAAUUACGUCACAGUCCUCAUUUUACGUGAACGCGCAUCGAGCACAAAGCAGAGGACCGGACUUUAGCAAAUGGAUUCAUCCUUCCGACCAAAACUGAUCGACUUCCACGGAGUCUCGAUGACCCGCUAUUUCACAGACAACUGGGACAAUGUUCAAAACUUUCAAGCCAGGCCGGAUGACAUACUUAUUGCGACAUAUCCCAAAGCAGGAACCACAUGGGUCUCCUGCAUCCUAGAUCUCCUUCAUUUUGGCCAAACCUCUCCAGAGCGCCACACGUCCAUGUCAAUCUAUGACAGAGUGCCUUUUUUGGAGAUGGCAGUCCCGUCUGUGCCAAAAGGUACAGAACUGGCAGAAAAUCUCGUCACUUCACCUCGACUUAUCAAAACUCAUUUUCCAGUCCAGUUUGUGCCAAAAUCCUUUUGGGAGCAAAACUGCCGGAUCGUUUAUUUGGCUCGUAACGCUAAAGACAGUGCGGUUUCCUAUUUCCACUUUGAUCGCAUGAACAUGGCGGAGCCUGAACCCGGAGACUGGAGCGUAUUCCUCCAGAGAUUUAUGCAAGGAAAAUUGGUGUUUGGAUCCUGGUAUGAUCAUGUGAACGGCUGGUGGAAGAAGAAGCAGACAUAUUCAAAGAUCCAUUACAUGUUCUAUGAAGAUCUAACUGAGGAUACCGGACGUGAAAUGGACAAACUCUGCAGCUUUGUUGGUUUGUCUCCUUCAGAGGAGCAGAAGAAAAGCAUCAUUAGCAUGGUGGAAUUUGAUAAUAUGAAAAAGAACAACAUGGCCAACCACUCAUCAAUUCCAAUUAUGGAUUUCAAAAUUUCACACUUCAUGCGGAAAGGAAAAGUUGCUAACUGGAAGGACCACUUCACUGUGGCUCAGAACGAACGCUUUGACGAAGACUACAAGAGAAAAAUGACAGAUCCCGCACUGAAGUUCCGCACUGAAAUUGAUAUCGCUGCUGUUUCAACCGAAUCAAGUUUCCCAUGCUCAUAAUUGCCUUCACCUGUGCGUGAAGGUCAAGGGUCAAUGAGCUUAUCAAAUAAGUGUUUGUGUUCCAAUAAUUAGUACUAAAUAUUCAAAUCAAAUGUAUGCACUGCGUACUUUUAACUCUUAACUAAUUAUUGCACACUUUCUGUAAAUCCUAAAAAAAUUAAUUUCACUUCUCAUCUAUUACUGUCUUGGUCUGCUAUGUCAUAUAUUUAACUGGAUUAAUUAACUAAUAAUUAAUUUAUUUUAAAUAUUUUUUUAAAAUUUAACU